AUGGAGUCAUGCAUGAGAUGGUUGCUUCUGUUGUGGCAGUUGUUGCUCUUCCAUUUUUCAUCCUCUCAUUCCUUAUGCCACCCUCAUGACACCUUUAUCUUGCACCAGUUCAAGGACUCCUUCACUACUAAUCCUCUUAAUGAUGACUGUUAUUAUCCAAAGAUAGCAACAUGGAGAAAUGAGACGGAUUGCUGCUCUUGGCUUGGAGUCACCUGCCACCCCAUCACUGGUCACAUCAUUGGUCUCGACCUUGCCUGCAGUGGCCUUCAGGGCCAAUUUCAUCCCAACAGUACGCUUUUCCAUCUUCCUCAUCUCCAAUCACUCAAUCUUGCUUUCAAUUCUUUCUAUAAAUCUCAUUUGUCAUUUCUCUGUGGUGGGUUUGUCACACUCACACACCUCAACUUGUCUAGUUCUCACUUCGAAGGUGAAAUUCCCACCCAAAUCUCUCAUCUUUCCAAAUUAGCCUCACUGGAUCUUUCUUUUAACUACCAAUUAGAGUGGACAGAAGACACUUGGAAGAGACUACUGCAAAAUGCAACAGAUUUAAGGGAGCUUGUUUUGGAUGGAAUUGAUAUGUCUUCAAUUCCGAUCAGGGUUCUAAAUUUGUCUUCCUCUUUAGUUGCUCUUAGUCUUCAAGGGAGUGGGCUAAGAGGACACUUGACACAUGAUAUCUUUUGUUUACCAAAUCUUCAACAAUUCUAUCUUUCAUUUAAUGAAUACCUUCGAAGCCAGCUUCCAAAACUUAGUUGCAGCACUACUUCUCUUAAUAUCUUGGAUUUUUCAUCUUCUCACUUCCAUGGGCUAAUCCCUUCUUCCUUCUCUAACUUCACACAUCUUACUUACCUAGACCUCUCAUCUAACUCUCUCAACGGUCCAAUCCCAUUUUCACUCCUAACCCUUCCACGUCUAUCUUUUCUCAAUCUCGAAGGUAAUCAUCUCAGUGGUCGAAUCCCAAAUGUGUUUCCUCAGUCAAACAGAUUUAAAGAAUUGCAUUUCAAUGGUAACAAUUUAGAAGGUGAACUUCCAUCAACACUUUCAAAUCUUCAGCAUCUAAUUCUCUUGGAUGUUUCAGAAAAUAAAUUCAGUGGUCAGAUUCCAGACGUCUUUGUCGGGCUAACCAAAUUGAAUACUCUCCAUCUUUCGGAUAACCAUUUUGCAGGAAAAUUUCCCUCUUCAUUGUUUGGCUUAACUCAACUCUCUGACCUGCAAUGUUCUCAUAAUAAAUUACAGGGCCCUCUGCCCGACAAAAUAGCAGGGUUUUCAAACCUAAUUACCUUAUGGUUAGAUGACAACGUCCUGAAUGGGACAAUUCCUUCAUGGUGUUUAUCUUUGCCAUCUUUGCUGGAUUUAGAUCUGUCAGAAAAUAAACUCACAGGGCUUAUCAGUGCAAACUUAUCACAUUCUUUGAAGGCUUUAGAUUUGUCCUACAACAAGAUACAUGGCAAUAUUCCAGAAACAAUUUUCAGCCUUGUAAACCUUGCUUACAUAGAUCUAUCAUCAAACAACUUAAAUGGAUCAGUCCACUUUCCACUUUUCUCCAAGCUUCAAAAAUUGCAAGUUCUUUACCUUUCAGAGAAUGAUCAAUUAUCCCUAAAUUUCGAAUCCAAUGCCAAUUAUACCUUUUCCCGCUUAAUGGAUUUGGACUUAUCUUCUAUAGGUUUAAUUGAAUUUCCGGAAUUAUCAGGAUUUGUACCAUUUCUACAAUUUCUGUAUCUAUCCAACAACAAACUCAAUGGAAGAGUUCCCAAUUGGUUACAUGAAAUGAGUUCAUUAUAUUUUUUAGACCUCUCUCACAACCGAUUGGCACAAUCGUUGGACCAAUUCCAGUGGAACCAAAAUGUCAUUUUUCUUGAUUUUAGUUUUAACACAAUCAGCGGUGGCAUCUCUUCCUCAGUUUGCAAUGCAAGUUCACUCGAGUAUCUCAACUUAUCUCACAACAAGUUGACAGGCAUCAUUCCACAGUGUCUUGCUAACUCAUCAUCCCUUCAAGUUUUGGAUCUACAAUCAAACAAACUUCAUGGCACUUUGCCAAGUAGCUUUUCAAACAAUUGUUGGCUUGCUACUUUGAAUCUCAAUGAAAACAAAUUAAAAGGUUCUUUACCGGAAUCUUUGUCCAAUUGCACUCAUAUGGAGGAUUUAGAUCUUGGCAACAAUCAAUUAGAGGAUACCUUUCCCCAUUGGCUUCAAAGUCUACAAUAUUUAAAAGUAUUGGUUUUGCGAGCCAAUAAGUUGCAUGGUCCCAUUGUAAAUUUAAUGACCAAGCAUGGAUUUGUCAGUUUAGUCAUAUUGGAUAUCUCUUCCAACAACUUCAGCGGCUCAAUACCAAAGGUCUACAUACAAAGUUUUAAAGCCAUGAUGAAUGUUGUUCAAGAUGACAAUUGGCAAUACAUUGGAACUUAUUCACCCUCUCCAAAAAUGAAAAAUGAUUCUGUGACUGUAACAACAAAAUCAAUCACUAUUACAAUGGAGAAAAUUCCAAAAGACUUCGUAAGCAUCGAUUUUUCAAAAAACAGAUUUGAAGGAGAGAUUCCAAAUGUCAUUGGAGAACUUCAUGCACUGAGAGGGUUCAACCUUUCCUAUAACAGACUUAGUGGUCGCAUUCCCCAAUCCUUGGGAAAUUUGGCGAAGUUAGAAUCUUUAGAUCUUUCCUCAAAUAUGCUUACUGGUGAGAUUCCUAAAGAGUUAAACAAUUUGAACUUUUUAGAAGUCCUGAAUCUUUCCAAUAACCAUCUUGUCGGAGCAAUACCUCAAGGAAAACAGUUCAAUACAUUUUCCAAUGAUUCGUAUAAGGGAAACUCGGGGUUAUGUGGGCUCCCAUUGACAACAAAAUGCAACAACGACCCUGAACAGCAUUCUCUACCUUCACUGGCUAUCAAGAGAGAACAAGGGUUUGAAUUUGGUUGGAAGCCAGUGGCUAUAGGAUAUGGAUGUGGACUGAUAUUUGCAGUGGGGUUGGGAUGUUGCGUGUUGUUAAUAGGAAAGCCUCAAUGGCUUGUGAGAAUGGUUGCUUGA